AUGGACCUUAUUCCUUCUUUGGGUGGGCAAUUUCAAGUAAGGCUGGGACAACAAACUAAAGUUUGUCUUAACAGAGAAGAUUUUAUUUUAAAAACUCAAACUGGCUUUGAUAAUACUGCUUUAUUACCAGUAUAUUUUUGUCAAAGUGGAUCACAUACUGUUAUAGAAAAUAGUUCCACAAAAGCUAUUUCAACAGUAUAUAAACGCUAUAUUGAAUAUACUCCUGUCACUGUUAAUGUAGGAAAUUAUAAAAUUUUUGUUUAUAAUAUUGGAAUUUCUUCACGUGAAAAAUGGUGUUAUGCUGGUCCAGACUUUCAAGCUUCGCUCAUAUAUACAUAUGAAAAAAAGCAAUCUAUUUAUGUAUCACGCACAACGCCAGAUGAAGUAUGGCAAAAAACAGGACAAUUACAAAAAUUUACUGGUACACAACUUUUUGGACUUGGUGAUUCCAUUACAAAAAAUCUAAUUCAAUUACAUCAGAUACCAAAAUGCACUCUUAAUGAUUGGAAUAAUGAAUUUAUUUUGAAACGAUUAUUUGAUUAUUAUGUAAAAAGAAGAACUAUCGCAAAUGCUAAUUGGAAACUUUUUUUUAAAAAUUGGAUGGAGUCUGAAAAUCCAGUAAUUGAAUUAGAAUCUACUUUACGCACAAUAUACCCUUUAGGAUAUGAAUUUAAUGAUCGUGAAUUGAGUGCAUGGCAGUCUAUGUUAAAUGCAGUUAGCGCAACUAAUAUAACACCUUGGUCACGGGAAGAAUCGCAGCAUCAAUUGUGGACAAAAUCACCUAACGGACAAGCAGAUAAAGCAGCAUUUUCUACUUUAUAUAAAAGGGGAUUUCUUACCAGCAUUCCAAAAAAUAUGCCAAAUGCAACACGUACAUUUUGGACAUGUUUUAAACAGGCACUUGCUAAUAACAAAAAAGGUCCUGAUGGAAAACAGCGUGUUCUCUCCAUAAUUGCCAACGAGUUUACCUAUGAAGAAUUGAAGCAAAACUUGAAUGUUGGUCAACAUACCAUUCUAGAAUCUCGCAAACAUGCACGUAGUAUUGGUUAUGGAGCUCCUACACAAUUUGUCAAUAUGAGCUCGUACAAAACUGAUACCAAAACAGGAAAACCUAUCAAAUACUUACAAGAUACGAAAAAAGCACUAUGGCAAAGAUUUUCAGAAGAAUAUCCUAAUGGUAUGUGUCGUACAUCUUUUAUGAUGUGUCUUGAAGGUGGUCAAUAUGUAUAUUGA